AUGGCCAACGACGAAUAUGAUUUUCUCUUCAAAGUGGUCUUGAUCGGAGACUCUGGAGUCGGAAAGUCCAACCUUCUCAGCCGAUUCACCCGAAAUGAAUUCAACCUCGAUUCCAAGUCCACCAUCGGUGUUGAAUUUGCCACCAGAUCGAUUCAGGUUGAUUCCAAAACAAUCAAGGCACAGAUUUGGGACACUGCUGGACAGGAACGCUAUCGCGCCAUUACGUCUGCCUACUACCGCGGUGCUGUCGGCGCCCUGCUCGUCUACGACAUCAGCAAACAUCAGACUUACGAGAACGUCACCCGAUGGCUGAAGGAGCUGCGGGAUCACGCCGAUGCUAACAUUGUCAUUAUGCUCGUCGGCAACAAAAGCGAUUUGAGGCAUCUGAGAGCUGUGCCCACUGAAGAAGCGAAGUCGUUUGCUAGUGAAAACCACCUGUCAUUUAUCGAGACGUCAGCCUUGGAUGCUAGCAACGUUGAGCUUGCCUUCCAAAACAUUCUCACUGAAAUCUACCGAAUCGUGUCCAGUAAGGCUCUCGAUAGUGGCGAUGGCGCUCAGGCUACGAUUGGCGCUGGAACCAACAUCUCGCUCAGCAAGCCAGCCGAUGACGAGUCCGCGAAGGGCGGCAAAUGCUGCUAG